UUUUUUUAUUCUCACUUCGUUACCAUAUAGCCUCAUAUCCCCCUUGAAAAAGUAGAACAAUCAAUUAUGCUUAUUAUCUUUUAGAGAAAGACUGCCAACAUUUUCUCUACGAUACUACAAUGAAGAACUUUCAAGUAAUGUUGCAUAAUGUUUCUCUCAUUUUCCUUCUAGUCUGCUUUGGGCUACAAGGGAAAGUAGAAUGCUUUUUUGGUCACGAUUCUCCUCCAGAAUCAAAUUACCAUCAAUUUACACACGAAGCCACGGAUUUCUCUCCUGCAAAAGCAUACGAUUAUAUCAUCAUCGGAGGAGGGACUGCUGGUUGCCCCUUAGCUGCCACUUUAUCUGAAUCCUAUUCCGUCCUGCUACUUGAGAGGGGUGGUAGCUUUAAUACGAGCGAUUUUCAUGAAAACAAUAUCUAUCGGACUCUCCUAUCGGCAAAUGAUCAUGAUUCGGCGACUGAAGGUUUUGUUUCUGAAGACGGAGUACUGAACGCAAGGGCGAGGGUUUUGGGAGGCGGUAGCAUGAUAAACUUUGGGUUUUAUUCGAGAGCGGAUGACUACUUUUAUGAUAAUUCUGGUAUUGAAUUGGAUAAGGGUUCUGUCCAAAGAGCGUACGAGUGGGUCGAAAAAAGCAUUGUUACUCGUCCAACACGUUUUAAUAAGUUGCAAACUUCUUUUUUAAAUGCGUUACUCGAAUCAGAAGUUCAUCCUAAUAACGGGUUCACUUUUGACCACAUCCAAGGAACUAAGGUGGGUGGUUCAACAUUCGAUAAUUCAGGGACACGACAUGGGGCGGUUGAGCUUCUUAACAAUGCCAUGUCUGAAAAUAUAGAUGUGUUGGUUCAUGCGACGGUUGACCGGAUCAUCUUCUCCACCUCUGAUCCUUUAGCUGCGGUUGGCGUUGCAUACCAUGAUUCAAAUGGAAAAUAUCAUGAAGUUCAUGUAAGAACAAAUGGAGAGAUAAUUUUGAGUGCCGGUGCUCUCGGAAGCCCACAACUUUUGCUGCUAAGUGGAAUCGGGCCAAGUUCAUACCUUUCGUCUCUAAAUAUACCUGUUGUUCGGGACCAUCCUUUCAUUGGCCAGUUUAUGGCUGAUCAUCAACGUACUGGAGUAAAUAUCUUACUUCCAGAUGAAUUAACAGAUGCAGGACUUCGUGUGGUUGGGAUUACUGAAAGUGGACAGUAUAUUGAAUCUGUUUCAGUCCCCCCAAACACACCUCUCAUGAGUUUCAUACCUUCUGUGGGUUCGGUGUCAUCUGUAAACUCAAGUGUGCAGAUUAUUGCUGGAAAGGUUAGUAGGCCAAUAUCAAGUGGUUCACUGCAUCUCUUAUCGGCGUCCAAUGUAACUGUUAGCCCAAGCGUUCGUUUUAAUUACUUCAAUCGCACUGAAGACGUACUUCAAUGCUGGAAUGCAAUGGAAGUUAUUAUAAAAAUGUUGGAAACUCCAACCAUGGAAGAAUACAAAUUUAGUGACUCUGCUGGUGUCCAUAGUUUUAGAUUUAUUGGGAAGUCGUUGCCUGAUGAUAAAUCUGAUUAUGAGGCCAUUGCGAGUUUCUGUCGUGCAACUUUGGCCACAAUUUGGCAUAUCCAUGGUGGAUGCUUGCCUAACAAGGUGGUAGAUAGCCAUUUGAAAGUCAUUGGGGUAGAUUCUUUACGAGUCGUCGACGCUUCAACAUUUUUCAACGCACCGGGAACAAAUCCUCAGGCAACAACUAUGAUGUUGGGAAGGUAUAUUGGUGUGAAAAUUCUUCAGGAAAGAGCAGCCGUCACGGAUCAAAAGACGGAGUUAAAAUAAUUUGUUUAUUUUAUUUGAAUAUCAAAUGGUUAGAAAGUGUUUUUUAAUUAGGACCCAAAAGCUUGAUUUCCAUGUUAUUUUAUCAUAGAUGAUAAGAUCAUGUAAACUGUUGUUCGUUUGUCAACUUUCAAUAAACUAAAAAAGUCGUCGUGGGAUUGUCCACCCACAAAACUCA